CGAUCGCAUCUGCUGCUGCUAAGCGUCUCGGCAUCCUGGUGUCAGAGGCGACUUUGCUUCCCUGCGGCGGAGAAGAAACGAUCGAGUGACCUUCUAAAGAACGUCCCUUUCUCUGCAAAUGUCAUGGAACCCCUGAUAGUUACGAUGCAAGCCGUCACGAUGUGGGCAUUCCUGUUGCUGGCUGCGGUGACUUCAGCUGAAGAACAAUUUGGCAGCUCUGGUGAAGCAAAUGGGGAGUUGACGUCAGGUGCACUAGCGCCUCACGUGCAGCUGCAUAAGGAAGUGGUCAUGCCCCUGCACCUGAUGCGUCGCGCUGCAUCUGAUCCCACAGCCACCAGGCUGAAAAGAGAAUACCCUCGCUGGUUCCAGGCCUACAACUACAAGCAGCCGAGCUAUGACUCAUGGCAGUCUGGCCAGCGUGCGGAGAGGAAGCGGUUCCUGCCUUUCCAUCCGCUGGCGCGCUUCCGCGGUCUCUCCCUCACCAGGGGUAGCCCUGCUGGUGGGAGGGGACGGACGGUGGGAGGAGGUAUGGACUCCCUCUCUGGGGACGUUGGGGAGAGGAGGUGGGGAGCGAACAUAACCCCUUUCUCCGACGCCUUGGAUCCGGCAGUGACGGCUG